CAGGUUUUCGAACUGGUCUCUGCAGAACUUUGCUUAGAAUUUGUAGAAUAUUUAUCCCGCAAAAAAACGAGAUCUCUCUUGAAAGACAUGAAAGCCAGGAAUGGCGUCGACUGGAUUGAAUCAAGCGAGAAUUUCAUUAUGUCAGGAACUUUUAAGCAAGUGGAGGAGGCUCAUUCCUUUUUGCAGGAGAAUGCAAGUCAGUCUUACGGAAUAGUGGUUUCCGAUUACCUGAAAAAAAACGAGUCGGGGUCUGAAGAAAGUGAAGACGUCAGGCCUCCGCUUGAUGACAAGGAUGACACUGAGAAAGAUGUAAGUCAAAAGGGACCAACUACAGCAGCUGCGAAUAAAGAAAUUUACCGUCCUGAAAGAUUUAUGGACGAAACACACGAAGAUUCUAUGGUUAAUUCUGCAUCCCCAGAUACUACGGGCUUUGAGAUUCAGCCUAAGAUACUCGAAGUUUUUGUGAAAGCGCAUAAGAAAGAACUUGAAGACAUCGAGAUUAAAUACCACGUUGAAAUACCCAGAAAAGCGGAUGGAAAGAAACUUAGCCUAAAGCCCAAAGAUUCUUGUACAACCGAGUAUUACGAACAAGCUUGCAACCAAUUCAUCUCUCUGUACCAAAACACGUACCAACAAGUAAAAAUGCAGCGCUUUUCGCUCAAAACUGAGACAAAUAUAAUAAGUGCACGUAAUACAAUUAGUAAAAUGGGUAAACAUUUCCCAGUAUCGGUAGAAAUUGACAAGAAUCAGAAACAAUGGGGACUUUAUGGAGAAGCAAGCCACAUUGAAGAGGCUCUCAGAUUCCUGGAGAAGGAAGGAGUUGAAAUCAACAGGGAAAGAGAAGAUGAAAAAGGACGACGCAAAAAAGCAAAAGAUGUUGAAGAGGAUAUGGAAGUUGACCCACCUGAGACCUCCAGUGUUGAUCCAGGUCAUCGGCUAGAGGCCUAUAUACUAGGUUAGUACGAAAUCUAUACAAGUGGGGUAAUUUUUGUGAAUGUGGAGGAAGAAUGUCCCAAAAUCCCUAUUGUGCCCAAUCUGCGAACAGCAUGCCUGAGUUCCUUUCGUGAGUUCGUACACGACGGCUAUUGACUCGAUCACGGCUUGUCUGUCUCAUGUACCAAAGAAAUGAACUCAGUUAGGAAACUUUCGGUUAGCUGCAAACUCCCCAUUUCAAAUACUUUUUACCCGAAAACUAAAGACGCUUUUCCAAUAACCUGCAUGGCACGGUUUUGUCGGUUUUGUCGGGAGCAAUCUCCUGGCGGCUUCUCUGCCCUCGCCCGCCUUUGUUUACUUUGCGCGCCCAACCAAAACCGCCGUGCUACGCAGGCUAUUUUUCCAAAAAUACAAGCUUGAGCUUACAACAGGUAUUCACGCUCACAGCCACGAAAACGUCGCAUGAAAAGUGAAUUCACAGUCUCUAUCGUGAUUAUUCCAACUCGCUUACUUACUCAAAUGCAAACGAACUCUUCUGGAGCUGAACUUCUAUCAACCACAUCCAAAUUGAUAAAGAGAAAAAAAAAUUUGUCAUUGCUUGAUUACGUCCUUUACAAGCUUGCGCUUACAGCAGGUAUUGUAAAACGUGAAAUUAGGCAUUUUCACGUGGUAGCCGUGCAGUGACGGCAAAGAAAUGUACAAAAAAGCGUGAUGUUUUUUUGAUCUUGUUUUGCCAUGUCAAGCCGUAUUGCUUUAUUUACUUUCCUGUGCAAAUUGAAUUGGUCCUGCUGAUAGCAUCCGAAACGUUUUUUCGAUUCAUUUGUAGUUCCCUCAUUUCUGGUUAGGAAAGUAGAAAAUGAAAGUUUCCCUUGCAGGAAAAACCUUGGUGAACGAACCGGGCAAGUGGGCGAGAAGCCGUCGGGUACGAACUCACAAAAAGAACUCAGAAGAAACUGUUCGCCAAUUGGGCACAAUAUUACGAAGCAUUUUUUGUGCCUAAUCAGGAGCCAGCAUUCGCUUGACCGUUUGGAAAUGGUCUGGUGAGAGUGGUACUCAGGGGCUCUUCCGCUCGUGCUUGAAAACUUUUAUCGCGCUUUUUCUCCCAACCCGACUGACUGCCGCUGGGUCUCUGAGGAUGAAGUAACCCUUUCUCUUACAGUGUAAACAUGGUGCUUGAGUUCGUGACGGUUUAUGUCAGUGUCUUUUAUCUGUUGACAUUCAAGGUGGAAGGAUAAAAUUGUCUGUUUACAAGGACGACAUAACCGAGCAGAGAGUUGAUGUCGUCGUGAAUGCCGCAAAUAGGGAGCUUCAACACGAUGGAGGAGUAGCCGCCGCCAUUUUAGCCAAGGGAGGAAGAACAAUCAAAGAAGGGUCACAGGCGAUUAUUAGGAAUCGUGGUUUUCUUAAAGAUGGCGAAGCAGUCGUCACCAAUUCUGGGAAACUGCCAUGUAAAGUAGUUGUUCAUGCUGUUGGCCCAAGGUGUAAUGACGUAGCAGCUAAGAAAAGUAAGAAGAUUCUUCGACAGGCUUGUCUAAACAGUUUUAUUGAAACAGAGAAACUAAACAUGACGUCUAUAGCAUUACCGGCUAUCGGUUCUGGCAAUAAUGGGAUGCCGAAAGAUCUCUGCGCCGAAGUCAUGUUUAAUGCCGUGGACGAGUAUGCGAGGCAAGGUGACGCAAAGAAGAAGAAAAUCGUCGAUAUAAGGUUCGUAAAUAUAGAUGAUUCUUCGGUACAGGCUUUCAGUAAAGAGUUGAAGAAAAGAUAUGGCGUAUACCCUGAAAGGUACAGUCUUGACAAGGAAACCGGAGGAGACAGCUCUGGUCGUUCUCCCUCAUCCGCCGGAGCCGAAGGUGGUCGUUCCGCUGUGCCGCCUUCAAGAUCCAUUCGAGGUAGAGGCCAAAGCAGGGACAACCGUCAUGCUACCAAUAGAAACGACACCGGCAUUGGCCAUCAUGGCCACAGCACCUAUGAAUUUUCAGCUGCUAACAGCCACCAUCCCUUGAUGAAUCCGUCUGAUCAUCUUACAACUACGAACUCAUACAGUAACGCGGUGAAAGGAAAUACACGUAGUCACGAUACGAAGCUGUUGCAAGAUCACCAGCCUCAAGGAAAUGGAGGAACGGGUGGAUUAUCAAUCCCUUUUAACGGAGGCGGUGAAGCCCAUGCGGACAAAAACGAGGAAGGUAAUCUCUAUAACUUAAAUUGAGAGAUUUAUAUCUAAUCCUUAAGACUUGCCUCCCUCGGGCAAUUUGCAGAAAACCAAACGUCACUGGAAUUUAAAUAAAGAGUUACUGAGCCCAGAAAGUUUUUUUAUGUUUGCCAUGUUUGCGUUUAAGAUCAAAGUCGGUUUUAACGGGUUUGAAAAUAUGCAAUAAAACUAACGGUUAAUAAAAUAAUAUGGACUAGUUCGGGGGUUGGGACCUGCUAAUCACCGGUUCAGAUCUCGCUCGCCUCUGUUUGUAGGUUUGGGAGAUAACUUCAGGCUGUGAGAUGGAACUUUGAAUGGGGUGUAACAGGAAUACGUAUAAACACCGCACAGAAUAACAUAAGAAAACUGCAAACUGCAUUGAAAUGACACGAAAAUUUCUAAAAACCGCAAACCGCUUGCUUUUGUAAAACCGCAAUACCGCAACUUAAAAUAACAGUUUCUGCAUAACCGCAUCACCGCAAACCCUUACGUUCCCCUUGUUGAUGGAUGACAAAAGGGGGUGGGCGGAUGGAGGGCAACCUUAGAAAGGUUUAUACGGAAAUGCUUUUUCCUAAGGACAAAACCCCUUUUAUAACAAACAGAAUACACAACUUCUACAUUGGUGGCACCACCUUCAUGUAUCUAGAAGCGUUUCCGGUUAAUAGCUGACCUACAAAUGGACAAAAUCUAGAGAGGAAAGUUCAACAAAUUUAUAUUUAUUAUCAUAACUUUUAUUUUUCGCAGAGGUCUGUCCUAUUUGUCUUGAUAAAAAAUCAAAGCCACGAAGUUUGAAGUGCAAGCACAGUUUUUGCUCAGAGUGCAUUCAAGCUGCUUUAAAUGUGUGUAACAAGUGCCCGGUAUGUCAACAGCCUCAAGGUGUUAUCGUAGGAAACCAGCCCCGUGGACAGAUGACACUUCGUUUUGAUCGUUACAGCGUUCCAGGCUAUGAAGGUAAAAUUCCAUACCGAGAAAAACCAACUCUACGCUAUUACUACAUUUCCGUGUGUCUUGUACUUAAAAACAUUGACAAUAGCAACAAGUCGCGUUUAAAGUUGCUAAAAUUGGCUCUGGUGGCAAAUGUAAUGUCCUUGUCAGGGGCGUAGUCAGUUUUCGGCUAGUUGUAGGCCUGGCUGACUUUCAUUACCAUGAAAAUAGACCAUUUAAUUCAUACUUAGCUCCAAGGAUUUGGGGAAUAAAACAAAAGAAAUGUAUUAUUCAUUACUGAGCCUCAAGAUGAUUUCAUUUCAUUCCGCCAAGCCUUGCAGCCAGGUAUGAAUCUUACUGUAUCGAAAUUGGUCUAUUGCUCGCAUGACUAGUACCCACUGACCUCACCAACACUUUAAGCUCUUUAUAAGCUUUUUAGCUCACCCCAACAACGCAUAAUUUAUUACAAGCGGUAGAGUGAUCAAAGCCAAAAUUUUUAGGCCCGCACCUACAGGUCUAUCGGCUGGCUACGCUCCUGCUUGUGUAUGUAAUAGAUAUACGUAUACGUGUUGGCAAUGUAGUUACCUUUUCAAACGUACCAUGUGCUUAUUCUGCUGCAUAUUCUUCUGUGUCGGUUUAUAUCCUAAUGUUGCUAUUAUGUGAAACUUUUGUAGGCUACGGCACAAUCGUCAUCGAUUAUUACUUGCCUUCAGGAUUACAAGGUCCGGAACAUCCAAAUCCUGGUCAGCACUAUCAAGGUACAUCACGCACUGCUUAUCUCCCAGACAAUCGUGAAGGACGAGAGGUGCUGCAGCUUUUGAGGAGAGCAUUUGAUGCUCGACUGGUUUUUACAGUGGGCACCUCCAAUACAACAGGGCUUUCAAAUCAAGUGAUAUGGAAUGAUAUUCAUCACAAGACCAACAGAUUUGGGGGUGCUUCCGGGUAAGAAGAAAAU